AUUACAGAAACUUUCUGGUUUUUUUUUUCAGGUCUACGAUGGGAACCAAGAUCGCGGGUACGUGGUCAGACAUACCCUAGCCACGCCCGUCGUGACGCGGUAUCUGCGGUUUUACCCAGAAUUCCUGCCGGACGGCCCGCCGAGACUCAGACUGGAGGUGUUAGGGUGCACAGGUAGAUGGAAACCAACCCCGUUGCCAUUGGCAACCACAGAGUCUCACGUGACGUCACUGGUCAGUAGAAGCCAGUCAUCAACUUCUACACCGACAACUACAUCCACGGCGAGUGCAGACCUGCAUACAACGGCUGCGCAAACGGCUCUACCUACCGCCCUCACCACGGUGGUGCCUCCUGAUGAAAUUUCUCCUUCACAAUCGACUUCUACAGCUCGAAAAACCACGGUACCUGCACAACCUGUGACAAGAUCUACUACGAAAGCAUCGAUGACGGAGUCUACCACUACCACACUGAGAGUCACUGAUUCGCGGACAACAGGAGAAACAGCAAGAUCAAGCACUGCUUCGACAAUCUUUCACUCUGUAACUGCAUCGACAAUCUUUCACUCUGCAACAUUACCAACAAAAUCAACACCAAAGAAGAAGACAAUGUCUCCAAUAGUUAAAGUUUCGACCAAAGGAACAAUUACAAAAGACGUAUAUAUGCCAACUUCCACUUUCAAAAGCUCUACAAGAGAGCGUCAAGACUAUACAACAAGGAAAAUAACAACAGAAAAAUCCAUCAAUGAUGGCACGACACAAUUGACUUUUACCGAAAGAAAAACGAUGACUGGAAAGUCGUUAAACAAAACGGAUGAGUUUAGAAGUACUGAGAAAAGAGACAAACAGAGAAGUGCCCAGAUUCUGUACAUCACUGUUGGGGUGAUAGGGGGCGUCGCUGUUCUCGCUGGCUUUAUUACACUUGUGGCCUGCUCGCGAGCGAAGAGGUCUAGUGGGACUGACCGAAUCAUACUUCUGGAGGAAUUCAACAUAGACAGCAGUUCUCCUCUCCACAACAUGGGGGAGUUUAUAGACGCAGCGGAUAAUCCUACAAAUGAAAAGUAAGACCAAAUUGGUUCUUAAGUUAGACUCCCGCUUCGUCUUUUUGACCUGUCUUUCAUUCUGUUGUUGUCUAUGUAUUUGAAUUUUGUUCUCGUUAGGAUACACAGAUUUCAUUCUAUGGAUGACAUCCCCAGUCUCAUUAGUUUUCUGUUGUUCUCGAAUAGAAAAACAAAAUGAAUUGUGGAAUGGCAUGCCGUCCAUGUGGGUUUAGGGGAUGUUACAUUUGUUCAGCUUCGAACACUGUCGAA